AUGAAAGCAGAAUCAUUAGAACAGCAAUCAAUGCUUCACUUUUCAGGAAGUUUUCCAACUUAUUACGUCCUAAGUUUGGACCACAGAUGUCUUAUUCAAACAAAGAAAACUUUCCAAAGAACAAUUGAGCUUUCUGUUGCCACUCAUAAAUUACCUCCAUUGAGCUACUCAACUGACCAUGAAAUUGUAGUUUAA